UUUUACAAAAUAUUUCAAUGAGCAACAAUUUUCUGUAUUCGCAAAUAGCCAGGAACAAAAAAGGGAACACACACACGUKGAUAAUAUGAAAGAAACRUGCUGGAAAAAAUAAAUUUACYCUUUUGGCUUGAAUGUGGCACAAAGUAUGUUAACUUAUAAAGCAAACCCUCACAACGGGGCAACGAAUACCGCACCAAUUAUUUUUUUUAACCCGUAAGCUCGAGUUUAUACACACUGAUAUUUACUGAUGCUCAGGGGACAUGAAUCAGCAACAAAGCAAUGAAUAAAAUUAAUCUAAUCGCUAGAGUUACACGUUGUACUAACAACGUUCCGGUAGCUGAGAUACCAUCACUCGAUGAGUGGGGGGUGUGAAGAAGGCAGUGGUGGGGGUUUGGGGGCUUUGGCUUCAGUAGCCAACCAAGUCGGCCACAGUCUGAUCCAUCUCGUCGGCGAUGGCUUUGAAUUUGCUCUUCUCCAAAACCAAAUCAUCUAAGAAGAAAAUCAACUCAAAUCAAUCAAAAAACCAGUUCAAGUUACCAAACUUGGUCCCUUCAAAUUUAUAGCUUUUCCAGUUAUUCCGCACCUGGAAAGCCACAAACUUCAAUGACGCGCACGUCAUUUUUCCAAUCCAGCCAAACACUGAAAUUCUAGUAGCUCCUCAACUGCUGAAGAAAAUUUGGAAAAAUGACGGAAAGAGACUUGGGGACGCUCCAACUGAUGAACGCGAUUAUAGACGAAAGUAUGCGCGCUUUUAAUGGACUUAAAUCGGCCACGGAACAAACCAUCCAACAAGCCACUGAAGACGUGAAAAAACGGAUGGAUGACAUGGUGGCUGAAGCCGCAGCUGAGUGCCAAUCGCUUGCUAAAACUACGGACAAGGAAGCUAAAAAAACAGUUUCAGACGCAAUAAAAAGCUACCAACAAACUAUAAGUAGUGCGGAAAAGGACGCGUCCCAAGCGAUAAGCAACGCGUGGAAAACCACCAGAGAUCAACUAAGCAACGUGCUGGAACAGGCUAAAACAACGCUGGGAAAACAAGCUACGGACCUGGACAAAGUGCUCAAAGAGGUGAUCAAGUACAUGGACAAAGUGGUAGCCGAUUAUACAAAAAUGGUGCGCGACUAUGCUAAAAUGGCCCAGAACAGUUUGUCUGAGCUAAGUAAACAGUACUUGAAAUAAACAUAUUUUUUACUGUUCCAAA